AACUAUCACUUCACUUGAAAUUUUUUGAGGAUUGAUCCAAUAAUUUUGUGAAAAAACCAAAAAUGCACGCCCCACUCGCUCGUAUUUCCACCAAAUUGGGCAGGAAUGUGAUGACCAACUUUGUGAGGAACCACGGCCAUGGAGGUAUUCCCGGGGAGAACCUGCCGUUCGACAUCAACAACCGCUACAAGCUGACGGCCAUGUUCAUCCUGUACGCCGGCUCGGGGCUCUCCGCCCCCUACCUCAUCACUCGCCACCAGCUCCUCAAGAAGUAAACGGUAAUUUUUGGUAAUCUUCAGUGAUAGUUAUUCUGCAGGUGUAAUUAAUCUUAAGUUUAGCAAAUAUGUAAUUAUGAAUCAGUAAAUAAACUUUAUGUUGUA